UGCGUGAGAGGGGAAGACAGGAUAUUCGUGUCCACAGCCAAGUUUUUCAGCGAUUGAUUCGGGCAUCGCUCUCUUUUUUUCUCAGUUGUACACCUGAAGUCCCGUUCAAUGAGAGUCAGUCAGACAGACAGCUGAUGGUGAUACAAAGAGUUUCAGCAUCCUCCUCCUCCGUCAUUCACAGUCGAUUUCGUGCUCUCCACCGCACUGUGCGGCAUCAGCGCUGGAACAAACACAUUUUACUGGUCAAACAACUAACUGGCCAUCUGCGAAUAAGUGCCAAACCCUAAACAAUGAGUAUCCUCUGCUGUUUGAAGAGCCACUUUUGAGAACAACGCCACUGGUGUCUCUAGCUGCUCUUUAAUCAACUCCAGCACAUAUGGAUGUCUCUUCAUCCCCUAUGCCCGACAACAUCAGCAACAGUUCAGCUGGGUUUGGCCAGACAACAUGGGUGGAGACUAAUGUAUGCCCUCCUUCUGUGAGUGGCAUGACCCUUCUGAUAGUGGCUUAUAGCACCGUCAUAGCCAUUGGCUUGGUGGGCAACACCUGUUUGGUCUUCAUAAUAUCCAGACAGAAGGAGAUGAGGAACGUCACCAACAUCCUCAUUGCCAACCUCUCCUGCUCGGAUAUCCUCAUGUGUGUGGUGUGUCUUCCUGUCACGGUCAUCUACACAUUGAUGGACCGCUGGAUCUUGGGGGAGACGUUGUGUAAGGUCACACCAUUUGUGCAAUGCAUGUCUGUGACGGUUUCCAUCUUCUCGUUGGUUCUCAUCGCGUUGGAGCGCCAUCAAUUGAUCAUCCACCCAACUGGAUGGACCCCGGCUGCAGGGCAUUCGUAUCUGGCCGUCGCGGUUACUUGGAUGGUGGCCUGCUUCAUUUCCCUACCCUUCCUCUCCUUUAACAUCCUUACCAACGCACCAUUCCAGAACCUCAGCCUGCCCUUCAACCCGUUCAGCGACCACGUCAUCUGCAUGGAGCUCUGGCCAUCUGAAGGUAACCGAUUGGCCUACACCACCUCGCUUUUGCUUUUCCAAUACUGCCUACCCCUGAUUCUCAUUCUGCUCUGCUACCUUCGCAUAUUUCUGCGUCUGCGUAGACGGCGAGACAUGGUGGAACAAGCCACUGAAGCGCGACAAAGAAAAGCGCGGGGUGCUCAACGCAUCAAUGCCAUGUUGGCCGUGAUUGUGGUCGCUUUUGCGCUGUGCUGGCUGCCGCUAAAUGUCUUCAACACCAUCUUUGACUGGUACCACCAAGCCCUUCCUUCUUGCCAGCAUGAUGUCAUAUUCUCUGCCUGCCACCUGAUGGCUAUGGCUUCCACCUGCGUCAACCCGGUUGUGUACGGCUUUCUCAAUACCAACUUCCAAAAAGAACUGAAAGCAACGCUUCAACGCUGCCACUGUGGCUGGGGGGUACCAGAGACUUACGAGAGCUUCCCGCUCUCAACGGUGGCCACCGAUGUCACCAAGGUUUCCUCCAUGCAACGCGGCUCCUUGAUCAAAUUGGAACAGUGCGCUCACUGCUAACAAGAAAGGGAAGGGAAGAAGAAUAGAACGAGAGUUUGGAGGGGAGGUUUUGAGGAUGAGCUGGCACUGUUUCCAUGGAGAUGUGGAAUUGCUAUGUGGGUUUCUGCAUCAGUUCAUACACAUGAGAUCUAAAAACAACCUCUACCCACUGUUACAGUGUUCCAGGGUUCAAGUCAAGUCGUCUUGAAGUACAACUAAGGGAUGAAUAUUUCAUUAAGAAUGUGAUUAUUCCUCUGACAACACUUUUAAGCUGUUGCGUUAUGAAACAAGAUAUUUAUGAGACUUAAUCGUCAUUGCGCAAAAGUGACACAUCUCUUAUGACAAAUGUUUAAAAACAAUAAAUGGAUCCAGCGCUGCUAUCAAGCAGGAAGUUGUCAUUAUAAUGAAGUAAUUUUCAGGUGCGAUUUAAGUUCUUCGUUAAAAUCACUGUAGCAGUCAUGUUCACUACCUUCACCAAAGUAUAUUUUCAGUUCAUGUCUGAUACUGCUGUUUUUUUUUUUUUUUAUUGUUGCUGUUGUUGUUUGUUUAACUAAUUGUAACUGUUACGGUUAGUGUGUUGCUUUGAUGAGACUGCUUAAGGUGCAUUUUAACUUUUAAUUGUGCCUCUGUAAUGUUGGAAAACAUAUUUGAUGUUUGAGCAUUGGUGUUAACUUAGCAACAUCCAUCUUCUAUAGAGCACAACCAUUCAUUUUUUCCAUAGGGGUUUCAUAAAAUACUUCAUAAAAGCAUUCUAAGCCAUGAACGAAACCAUCCAGCUCCGAGGAGAAUCACAAGGUUACAGGCUUCAAUUUGAAACAAAAAAGUGUUUGAAAAUUGGAUAAAAAGACAAAGGUACAAGACUGUGUACUUAAUGUCUGUAAUGAAGGAAUGAACUACAAUCUUAUGAAGCAUUGCAAAUGAUGUUAUUGAAUUAAAACCAAUGGAAAUAAAUAAACUAUUCAUUUAAGUUGUUAGAGAAAAGUUAAGUUGGUAAAAAAAUAAUAUAUUGUAUAUUAUUUCCAAAAAUUCAGAUAUAUACAAAUAUAUAAGUAGUUUCAGUGUAGGGAGACCGACUCGAUUGCGUCAUUCACAGUGUGUCGUGGGAGUGGGCAGUCGCUGCAGAGCUCUUUUGCUGUGACUCUGUUUAGUGGAUCUUUCUCGCUAGGAUUCACGGGUAGUGUAGUUCUUCACCAGGAAUUACGCUAUUAAUGCUGCCAUUAUGAGCAAUCGUAAUUAUCCUACUUCCCACUUCUAAAGUGGUAAUUACGAGUAUGUUACUUUCAAGUGCUUUAUUGUCGGUAAAUACAGGAAACAUGGACGAUGCCAGGUUCAGUCAUACAUAUUUCUUGAGGAACUUUUAUUUUGACAACAUAAUGCAUAUUAGUCAGUUAGCUUGCUGAUGAUAAUGGAAUUUUGCUGUUUUCACAAACAAGCUAUUUUCAUGGUGUACAAAUUUACAAAAUGCAUCAAAUGGUUGGUGAUAUACAAAAAUGAAUAUGACUGAAAUAGCAAGCACUAAGAAUUGGCUGUAUUUAGAAAAAUUAAUAAAACCUGUCAUUCACUACAGAAACCGUACUGUCCUCCGCCAUGUUGAAAGUUUACGACUCCUCCCAUCUCAGAAAAUCUCAAAAUGAUCUCGGAGUUUCCCAGUCAUAAUUACGACUUGAGGGGUCAUUCAUGUGGGGGGGACUUGUAUUUACGAUAAUUCCGAUAGCAUGUGAAGGCAGCAUAAAUAUGAUUUUUUUUUUUUUUUAAUAAAGUUGAAAUAACUGAUGAACUGAUGGCUUCAACAGAAGCAUACACCAUCGAUUAACAACACUGGAGCUCACGGUAAGUCUGUCUUUAAAGGUUUAUAUAAGUUAUCGAUAAAAAUAAAUUAGUCUAUGGAGAAAAUGGAUGGGAUUUUUACUGUUGGAACCAGACUGUUGAGCUCUGUUGUGAUAGAAACAUGACUGUGCCAGUGCUAGUUUGGUUUAAAAUAUUGUUUUGAUAAUGUCUUUAUGAUGACUGAUCAAGCAAAGUUCAACUUCUAAUUGAUUCUAGUUGGUGUUUACAGUAUUGUUGCCUUAUAAAUGGUAGUUUCGAAAGUGCAAAUAAAUUUGGAAACAUGAC